UGUUCUCAGGAAAACUGAUGAUGUCUGAGAGUUUGAUCACAUCUUCAUUCCAAGAGAGUUUUAAUACGAUCAAUAAUGCAGUGAAUCACAGCACACACAGCAAAUCGUGUUCUCCGUCGUCCCCUGAGAAGAUGUUUGUGUUCUCCAGACAAGCUGCAUCAGAAACUCAAGAUAUCUCUAAAGCCGCAGAGAUCUUUCACAUGACGUUACGGCUUUUAAAGGAGAAGACAAACAAGAGACACAAAAGAUCACUAAAUGUGUCAGAUCUCUUCUCCGUGGAAGAAGUGAAGCGGAUGGUUAACCUGUCUGGAUGUGUUGGUGUUUCUCAGCCCAUCACCUGCACGGAGGACAGAAAGUACCGCAGUAUCUCAGGAGUGUGUAAUAACAGACAGAAUCCUCUCUGGGGAGCUGCCAACACAGCUCUGACCCGAUGGCUUCCGGCUGAGUAUGAGGAUGAUGCAACACAACCUAAAGGCUGGAACACCGGACGACAAUACAACGGCUUCCAACUUCCACUGGUUCGUGACGUCAGUGUGAAAGUGAUGCACAGCUCCAGCGCUCCGGUCCUGAAGGAUCAUGAAUAUUCACAGAUGCUGGUGGACUGGGGUCAGUACAUCGACCACGACAUCUCCUUCACACCACAAACAGCAUUUUCACAAGGACUCAACUGUCUACACACCUGCAGAAACCACAAUCCCUGUUUCCCCAUACAGAUUUCCAGGAAUGACAGACUGUCUGGCAGUAAAAACUGUCUUCCAUUUUCCCGUUCUUCACCCGCCUGCCCAGACGUUCAUCAGCUCGACUCACGACACACACUUCAGCGUCAACAAAUGAAUUCAGUCUCUUCCUUCAUAGACGCGUCCACCGUCUACGGUCAUUCAGAGCCGCUGGAGAAAACCCUGAGAAAUCUCUCCAGUACCGAAGGCUUGCUGGCUGUCAACAGAAAAUACACCGAUCGCGGUCGAGCGUACCUUCCGUCUGUCACCGGCGGUCCGUCCUCAUGCUUCCAGCAGCCCGGGUCAGCCGAGGGUGACCGGGUGGAAUGUUUCGUGGCUGGAGACACCAGAGUCAAUGAGAUUCUGCCCCUGUCUGCCCUUCACACGCUCUGGGUGAGAGAACACAACCGAGUGGCCGAACACCUGAGACGUCUCAACCCUCACUGGAGGUCAGAGGUCGUCUACCAGGAGACGCGUAAGAUCAUCGGAGCGCUCCAUCAGAUUAUAACCAUGAGGGAUUACAUUCCAAAAAUCAUCGGACAAGAAUGGUUUGACAAGUAUCUUGGAGAAUAUGAGGGUUAUGACGCCUCUUUAAAGCCGUCCGUAUCAAACGUGUUCGCCAGCGCCGCGUUCCGCUUCGGCCACGCCACCAUUUCAGCAACACUCAAGAGACUCAAUGAGAGCCUUCAGGAACAUGAGCGCUUCUCUUCCGUGGAUCUCCAUCAGACGUUCUUCAGCCCGUGGAGACUGGUUAGAGAAGGUAAAGCUGUCUGUCUGCGUCUAAACGACAUCUCUUUUCUUUACUGAUAUGGUUAAGAGUCAUGUUAAUGAUGGUCUGUCCAUUAACAGCUUAUCCACGAACCCGCCGCCACGUGUUU